CGGAGCACGUCCUUGUGUGUGACGCGCAGUGCGUUCUUGAGGUCGUCAUAGUUGGUAUUGUUGCUGCAGAAUUUGUUGUAUCCCACCCAGUAUUGCGCGUACGUCUCGUUGAACACCAGGUGGCCCCGCUGGAUGGUACUGGCGCAUACGAGGCGCGACGGGUCCGUGGCACGCAGGCGAUCAAUGUUCUUCUUCCAGUCACGAAUCUGGCCCGUCUUGACGCCGUAUUUCUGCGCCGUUGCGGCGAUGAGCCCCGUGCGGUCCGCCUCCUCGAUAAUUUCGAGCUUCUUGCCCACCGUCAGAGCUCGAUCCGCCUUACCGCGCGCCAUGCUGACCUCGAAGUUGCGAAGUUGAGCUGGUCAAAAAGAGAGGAGAGUAACUUUCUCUUUACUGGCCUCCCCACGGUACUCUCCACCGUUCAAGCCAAUGUUUCGCGCCAAAAGCCUUUUCGUCCAAUUAUAAGACGUAGUGAAAACUUUCAGCGAAUCACGGUGAGCUGACACAAGUCUAAACUCGUACAUACUGAUGAAAUGUACGGUACUAUGACUUUACCUACACUAUCGUCGCUGUAUGUGCACAAGGCGACACGGUGGACAUCUCUGCACCAUCGUGCCGGUACCUAGCAUUUCGGGCGACCGACUCGGAGGAUGAGUCGACCCACCUCCACGCGACGGGAAAUCGCGCCUCUGCACGUGCCAUGGCUGCAGCACGAGCAGUUUCCUGCAACAAAGCAGGCCUGUAGCUCCGAAGACGGGCUCGUCACGAGCAGCAAGAACUCGCUCAUUAAAAUUGUCCAGGAGCUCAAGCGAGGACGCGCUAAUAUGGACAAGCAACUCGCUCAGCUGGACACCCAGUUGCUGACCAUCACGGAUUUUCUGGACGGCAAGGGUAACAAUAUGUUCCCGCCCCACUUGAUCAUGUACGUGGAGGACACGCCCGACGUUAUGGCGCCACUUGCUGGUGACGGUCGAAGACAAGGUGGUGCUGGCAAAGGGGCUGCAGUUGCAGGGAAGUUCAGUGGUAUUUUCAAGAUUGAAUCGGAACCGCCGACACCAGCCUUGGUUGAAGAAGACCUCAACUCGGACACACCGUGCACGACGACUGGGCUAUGGACGUAUUUGUAUGCAUACUCGUUCUUCAAGACGAUUACACCGGAAGACAUGGAGCAGGCGUUAUUGCUCGAAGAUCCAAACGCAUUUUCUGAUAAUUUGGAACUUAGCGAAGAUGGAAAAGACAAGAUACUAGCGGGUUUUGGUAUUGAGCGCCUUGAGGAUAUUAUCAGCUCCGGCAAGUCCAAUCCACUGGAUCUGGACGAUUUUUUCAAGGAGAGACUGGUGGCGUCACUGUGCUCGGUAGACUCGUCGUUAUCGGUACAACACCAACACGAAGAAAUGUCUUCUUCUCAGCCCGACGAUGAAGACAAGCACUCAACUGAUACAACUAAAUCGGAAGCAGGCACGGGGGUGAACUCUUUAUUGCAUCCGGGUGAUAUCAAAUCGUGGAAUCCCAAAGGCCUUGCACGCGUUCUACGUGACAUCGGAUUGGUUGAGGGAGACGACAAGGAAGUUGCUCAGAUCAGCUCGUCUAUUCCGACAGACGAUGAAGUUUCGCAGGAGAUCCGUUCACUGCAGCGUCAACUUCGAACGUGCAUCGAGCAGACGAAUGAAUCCAAGCGAAAGUUACGCAAGAUCAUGGACGAGUAAGGGUGGCGAUGAUGCAUUAAACUGUCCGGCACUCACCUUUAUUUGUUGUUCUGUGUUGAUCAACAGGACAAAACCAUGGCUCUCCCAGCAAAAAGAGGAGGACGAUGCCACUAUUAAGAAAUAUUUCACCAUGUGGCAAACGAAGAAGGAGCUUGCGCGGAAAAAGAAGCUUCGAGAUAAAAAGCUGCAGCGACGACAAGGUGCGUUGCAGUACAUUACUAUCAAAAUUUUCGGAACCGUAAUUGUUGGGUAACAUUUCUCAAUGCGUAGCUUUACACCUCGGCGGCGGUAGCGGCAAACCUUUAGCCCAUGACAUUAACGUCAAGCAACGAUAGACCACGGUGUCGUGACCCACCGGGGACACCGCACCAGAUAUUUAUUGGCAUGCAACUUUAGGGUCGAACUCAGUCAAUUUUAACGAGAAACUAUUGCUGGUUCCACUCACUUGACACGGACGUCAUCAGAC